UUUACCCUGUCUCGGGCAAAAAGCAUGAGACAGUGUCCGAAAGGGGGCCAAUUACAAUGCUGCCUGCCCCUUUUCUAGAUUCUAGGAAAUGAGAUCAUUCCCCUCACUUGGCAAGUAGGACAAGGGGUCACCCCAGGGCUAUCUUCCAAUCUAGUUUACCCCAGUCAUUUCAGGGUUAAAAUUGUAGGGUUUGCUUGAAAUGGCCUUUUUUCUUUUUUUUUAAUUUUGUAUAUGCUCUAAAAUAUAAAAUUCCUCGCCCAUCCUCCACGUAUAUUCCUUUAGUACUGGUAAGGUGUAUUAGCAGAUGUGUGUGUCUUCGUGGCCAGUAGAAAGUUAAUCAGAGAACGGAUCCUUAUUUUCUAUGGCAGCAUCCGUAUUUUAAUGUCUGCUAACCCUGUCACUAACACACAUUCUUUUAAGGGAAAAAAAUGCUUCUGUGCUCUAGUUUCAAAAUGCAAAGGUAUGAUGUUAUUUGUCACCAUGCCCAAAAAAGUCCUUACUCGAUAACUUUGCCAGAAGAGGGAGAGAGAGAGAAGGCAAAUGUUCCCCCAGCUGUUUCCUGUCUACAGUGUCUGUGUUUUGUAGAUAAAUGUGAGGAUUUUCUCUAAAUCCCUCUUCUGUUUGCUAAAUCUCACUGUCACUGCUAAAUUCAGAGCAGAUAGAGCCUGCGCAAUGGAAUAAAGUCCUCAAAAUUGAAAUGUGACAUUGCUCUCAACAUCUCCCAUCUCUCUGGAUUUCUUUUUGCCUCAUUAUUCCUGCUAACCAAUUCAUUUCCAGACUUUGCACUUCAGAAGCAAUGGGAAAAAUCAGCAGUCUUCCAACCCAAUUAUUUAAGUGCUGCUUUUGUGAUUUCUUGAAGGUCAAGAUGCACAUCAUGUCCUCCUCGCAUCUCUUCUACCUAGCCCUGUGCUUGCUCACCUUCACCAGCUCUGCCUCAGCUGGACCGGAGACGCUCUGCGGGGCUGAGCUGGUGGACGCUCUUCAGUUCGUGUGUGGAGACAGGGGCUUUUAUUUCAACAAGCCCACAGGGUACGGCUCCAGCAGUCGGAGGGCACCUCAGACAGGCAUCGUGGACGAGUGCUGCUUCCGGAGCUGUGAUCUGAGGAGGCUGGAGAUGUACUGCGCACCCCUCAAGCCUGCCAAGUCGGCCCGCUCCGUCCGUGCCCAGCGCCACACUGACAUGCCCAAGGCUCAGAAGGAAGUACAUUUGAAGAACGCAAGUAGGGGAAGUGCAGGAAACAAGAACUACAGAAUGUAGGAAGACUUUCCUCAAGAGUGAAGAAUGACAUGCCGCUGGCAGGAUCCUUUGCUCUGCACGAGUUACCUGUUAAACACCAGAAGACCUACCAAAAAAAUAAGUUUGAUAACAUUUCAAAAGAUGGGCAUUCCCCCCAAUGAAAUACGCAAGUAAACAUUCCAACAUUGUCUUUAGGAGUGAUUGUUAAAAGCUUUGCACCUUGCAAAAAUGGUCCUGGAGUUGGUAGAUUGCUGUUGAUCCUCUAUCGGUAAUGUUCUAUAGAGAAAAUAUAUAUAUAUCUAUAUAUAUAUCUUAGUCCCUGCCUCUCAAGAGCCACACAUGCAUGGGUGUUGUAUAGAUCCAGUUGCACUAAAUUUGUCUCUGAAUCUUGGCUGCUGGAGCCAUUCAUUCAGCAGCCUUGUCUAAGUGGUUUAUUAAUUUUUUUAUUUGCACUUCUUUCUACACAACACAGGCGGUUUGUUUUCCAGUGUCUGAUAACCUGGUUU